GUUAGCCACCUCCGAAGGUCUCCUUCGCGGGGGCAAAUUUUUUCGAUUCUUCGUUCCAUUUUCCCCUUCUCUUUUCCGCCCCUCGCCACCAUUAUUUUUACGCCCCCCGUUCUCUUCUCCUCCAUCAUCCUUCCUCUCUCUUUCCUUUCAAUCUCUCUCUGUUUUUUUCCGCCAUAGGGAGAUCGCAAGGUCGGUGAAGAGAUCUCGAUCUCGAUCUCCUCCCCCUCGUCUUCUAUUUUCUUGUUAGUUUUCCUCGAUCUCGAUCGCAUCUCCGCCCGCCGCCUCUUCUUCUCCCAUCUCCCAUACGAUUCCCCUCCAAGAUCCUCGGAUCCGACCCCCCUGCUUCGUAUUCCUCGUCGCCGAAACCCUAGAUCCGGGUGCAUCGGCGUCGGAUCCUUUGCGUAGAUCUAGAUCUCGCCUACUCGGGGCGGCAUGGAGGCGAUGGAGGAGCUCUCGCAGCUGUCCGAGGCCAUGCUCCAAGCUGCGGCCCUUCUUGCCGACGAGGACGUCGACGAGCCCUCGUCGAAGAGGAACUCGACCUUCCUCAACGUCGUGGUCCUCGGGAACGUCGGCGCGGGCAAAUCGGCUGUAUUGAACAGUUUGAUCGGACACCCUGUACUGCCCACGGGAGAGAACGGUGCGACUCGGGCUCCCAUCAGCAUCGAUCUGCAGCGGGAUAGUUCCCUCAGUAGUAAAUCAAUCAUCUUGCAGAUAGACAGCAAAUCCCAGCAGGUUUCCGCAAGUGCUCUUAGACAUUCUCUUCAAGACAGGCUAAGCAAGGGGGCAGGGGUGAAUAGCUCUGGAAGGAGCCGUGCGGAUGAAAUAUAUUUAAAGCUACGUACCAGUACAGCACCUCCACUAAAAUUAGUUGAUUUACCUGGACUAGACCAGCGAGCUAUGGAUGAAUCAAUGAUCAGUGACUAUGCUGCGCAUAACGAUGCAAUUUUGUUAGUAAUUAUACCUGCUUCUCAAGCUCCGGAAAUUUCAUCUUCUCGAGCUCUUAGGCUUGCUAAGGAAUUUGAUUCAGAAGGAACCAGAACAAUUGGUGUUAUUAGCAAAAUUGAUCAAGCAGCUGGAGACCAGAAAAGUCUUGCCGCUGUUCAGGCCCUUCUCCUGAAUCAGGGACCACGAAGUGCGGCUGAUAUUCAAUGGGUCGCGUUGAUUGGGCAAUCUGUAUCUAUUGCAUCAGCCCAAGCUGGAUCAGUUGGUUCUGAAAACUCAUUAGAAACUGCUUGGAGAGCUGAGAGCGAAAGCCUUAAAUCUAUACUGACUGGAGCUCCCCCAAGCAAGCUUGGUAGAGUAGCUUUAGUCGAUACACUUGCUAAGCAGAUAAGGAAGCGAAUGAAAGUGAGGCUCCCGAACCUCCUAUCUGGGCUCCAGGGUAAGUCGCAGAUAGUACAAGAUGAAUUGGUAAGGCUGGGGGAGCAAAUGGUGCAUAGUGCGGAAGGAACCAGGGCUAUUGCUCUAGAGCUUUGCCGAGAAUUUGAAGAUAAGUUUCUUCAGCAUAUUGCAACUGGUGAGGGUACAGGAUGGAAAAUUGUUGCAAGUUUUGAGGGGAACUUCCCUAAUAGGAUCAAGCAACUUCCAUUAGACAGGCAUUUUGAUAUCAAUAAUGUGAAAAGAAUUGUAUUGGAAGCUGAUGGUUAUCAACCGUACUUGAUAUCUCCGGAGAAAGGUUUAAGAUCUUUGAUAAAAGGAGUUCUAGAACUUGCGAAAGAACCGUCGCGGCUAUGUGUUGAUGAGGUACACCGUGUAUUAAUUGAUAUAGUAUCUGCUGCUGCUAAUGCUACGCCAGGUCUUGGAAGAUACGCUCCAUUCAAGCGCGAGGUUAUUACACUUGCAUCUAAUGCUUUGGAGGGGUUUAGAAAUGAGGCCAAAAAGAUGGUGGUUGCUCUUGUUGAUAUGGAGCGUGCAUUUGUUCCUCCUCAGCACUUCAUUCGCUUAGUUCAAAGGAGAAUGGAUAGGCAGCGACGUGAGGAAGAGCUAAAGAAUAAAUCUUCUAAGAAGGCGCAGGAGGCUGAGCAAGCCAUUUUAAACAGGGCAACAAGCCCUCAAACAGGAUCACAACAAGCUGGUGAUAACAUUAAGUCGUCGAAAGAGAAGUCUUCUAAACAAGAUAAAGAUGCAAAAGAGGGAUCAAAUCUACAAGUUGCUGGGCCUAGUGGAGAAAUAACAGCUGGUUUUCUCUUGAAGAAAAGUGCAAAAACAAAUGGCUGGAGCAGGCGUUGGUUUGUUCUGAAUGAAAAAAGUGGCAAGCUUGGCUACACCAAGAAACAGGAAGAAAGACAUUUUCGGGGUGUUAUCACCUUGGAGGAAUGUUAUAUUGAAGAGAUUUCAGAUGAGGAGGAUCCUCCAAAAAGUUUGAAGGAAUCAAAAAAAGCAAACGGACCAGAUUCUGGAAAAGCUCCAAGUCUCAUGUUUAAAAUAACUAACAAGGUUCCAUAUAAAACUGUUUUGAAAGCUCACAGUGCUGUUGUACUGAAGGCUGAGAGCAUGGCUGACAAAGUUGAGUGGGUGAAUAAGAUAAGAAGUGUCAUUCAACCAAAGGGGGCUCCUGCCAAGGGUACAGCAACAACAAUUGAAGGCGGUCCAUCCAUAAGGCAAAGCCUUUCAGAUGGUUCCUUAGACACAAUGGCUAGAAGACCUGCCGAUCCUGAAGAAGAGCUUAGAUGGAUGUCUCAAGAAGUUCGUGGUUAUGUGGAAGCUGUUUUGAACAGUCUUGCUGCAAAUGUUCCGAAGGCUGUUGUGCUUUGUCAAGUGGAGAAAGCAAAGGAAGAUAUGCUGAAUCAGCUUUACAGCUCAGUGAGUUCACAAAGCACAGCAAGGAUUGAAGAAUUGCUUCAAGAGGACCAAAAUGUCAAACGUAGGCGAGAACGGUAUCAAAAACAGUCAUCUCUCCUCUCAAAGCUUACCCGUCAGCUUAGCAUUCAGGACAAUCGUGCAGCAGCUGCUAGUUGGUCUGAUGGUGGCACUGGAUCUGAGAGUAGUCCAAGAACCCCUGGCCACUCAGGUGAAGAAUGGAGGUCCGCAUUUGGUGCUGCAGCAAAUGGGCCUGCCGAUUUUUCCAGCUCCCGCAGUGAAUCGAGGUCAAGCAGCGCCAAUGGCCAUGGCCGCCGUUACAGUGACCCGGCACAGAAUGGUGAUUCAAGCUCAGGUGCAAACUCUGGCAGCCGUCGGACGCCUAAUCGUUUGCCACCACCACCACCUCAAAGUAGUUCAUCAGUGUAUAAGUAUUAGCCACACACUAAGGAGCAUUCCAUACUCUUAUAUUCUUGUCGGGUGCACAUUUAUUUCGCUUCUAUCGAUGGUAUGUUGUUGAGCUGGUUUGACAUUUGCAGAAGAGCCCCUGCAGGCUGAAAAAGGUGGCAUUAUGCACCCACGACCCUAUGGAUCCCAAUUAUUGUUAAUAGAGAGAGAGAUAUAUAUAUAUAUAUAGGUAUCUAUUUCCUUUUAUUAAGUUCCUUGGGAUUCUGAUGUAGCUUAUUCAGUCCGGUGCUCUUGUGAGGCUGUUGGUUUUGUUACAACUUUCAUUGGCUUUUGCUUUUUUGCUUUGAUAUCACUCUUGUAUAAUUUUUCCGUUGGGACCUUAUUUUGAUUAAUUAUUUUUUCAAAA